GGGAGUUCUACAAUCCGGAGGAAAAGCAAGUAGCCAACGUCGAAGUGGAUUCCUCGAGGCCUGGCGGGUAAUUUUACGCUAAAGAAGAGGAAACAUAACGUUACGAAGUAUUUUUUACGCAUUGGACUGAUUAUUACACUACUUCGAAGCCACUACGAAGUCGACUUCAUAUGAAACGGUCUGCAGAAACGCUGAAAAUGACUAAAUUUAGCCAACGUCAGCUGCAUGUUUUGAGUGUGGAGUGAGCUAGCUAGCCUUAUAUCAUAACCACUGAAGAAAACGCUAACGCCCGCUAGCAAAGUGUGCUAAUAUCAAAACCUUAAUAACAGGGUUUUUUUUAGUACUUAUCAAAUGUUACGUGCCGUGUCCUAUACUAAACAUGACUUGGCCUUGCAUUAUGAUUGUUAGUUAGAGCAGUAAAUGACUUUUACAGAUGAAUGUUAACGCUUUAGACGAAGAACUUCACUGCAUGAUCACUUAACUUACAUUUGAAGUGUUGUGUUGUUUCUGAUCAGGCCUCCCACGUGCCCUUCCUCAUAUUUUCAAGCUUUUAAGGAGAAGUGGGUGUGAACCUGAUACUUUGACUUGUUGUCAACCGUGCACAUGAGCUGCUCACACAUCCUGACAUUGGUUUCACUGAAUGAACUGAAGACUCCAUAACACUCUGAAGUCUAAAAUUGUGUCCUUCUUUGCAGGAUGGAGGAUUUGAACUAGAGCUCGACUGGACACAACAGGACUGUAAGAGGAAAAAAAGGAAAUAACUGAAUGACCAUGGCCUACUCCAACUACACCAACCUGAGCAGGGCUCAGCUUACCUUUGAGUACCUGCACACAAACUCGUAAGUGCCUCAUAAUGACACUGUACCACCCAUGUUUAUUAAAACUUUGAAAUACCCUAACCUAUGAAAUAAUACUGCUUCAAGACAAAAAGACUGUAGGAAGGUGACAUCAGAUCUAUGCCCCUGCAUACACACUCUACUACAUGACUAUGUUUACACUUCAUCCUGAAUAAUACAGGUUAAGGACAAUAACCACCCGUCUGAUCAUGUCAACAAAAGCAGAAAAUUAAGACUCUCCCUGGAAGUAGAAUUCAUGGAAGAGCUGUUUCAUUGGAUUGCAUUAGAUGCCCAGGUGCAAACAAUAUUACUGCUGGUUGGUGUAUAUCAACCGUUACCUGUGGAGCUCUUCUCUGUGUAUGAUGUGAGGAGUGUACUAUCUUCAUGUUCCUAUCUUUAUCUUCUAAGGACAUCUUGAAUGUAUGUGUAACUGGUUCAACAGUACCUUAAGAUAUGUAAUGUAUACGUUACUUUAUGUACCUGAAAGCAAAUAUAAGUCAUCCACAGGUGUGUGGUGACCGGUUAAACUUGUGACAAAAAAAUACAUAUAUGUAUAUAUUCAUCUUUUAGUCAAAAGGAUAUUGUAGAGGACAAAUAAUUUGAUUUGUAUGACAGUGAUCAGGCGGUGGAGGCUACAAAUUGGAACAAGAGUGUGAAGUAUUCAUCAAACAGCGUAUCCAAAAAGUUGUUUUUUAUAACUGUAUUUUUUAUUUAUUCUUUAUUUUAUUUUGUAAAGCACUUUUAAAAACAGAUGUUCACAAAGUGCUUUGACAGAAAGUGUCAAAGCAAAGAGCUUGAGCACAAAAAUAAAAACAAGAAGCACAAAUCAAGGCCUCAGAAAUUAAAGACCAUUUUCAUAUCUCAUAAGAAACCCAGACAAUAUAAGAACCACGCAACAUAAAAUGAGACCAUGACAAAGCUUAAGACUCAGAAUCAGUAGAAAAUAGCCUGAUCGACUGUAUCAAAAGCUUCACUUGGAUCUUAAAGAAUUAAAAUUUCAGAAUUUUGCUGCAUUUUAGAUAACAUCACACUAAUCUGAUUUUGCUUUAUUAUUUUUUAGUAAUAUGUGUCUUACAUCUAUGUUUUAUUGAUGUAUUCUGAAAGACAUAAGUAGGCUUGACGUUGCAAUUGGAUAUAUAUUUUCUAAUCAUUCUGUAUUUCUAACAUGUUUCUCUCAAGAUUAUUUUGGUUAAAAAGUGAUCUUUUUUAAUUAUUCGAUUUUGUGGUCUACUUCAGCACAACCCACGAGUUCCUGUUCGGAGCCUUGGCAGAACUUGUUGACAAUUCAAGGUACUGACAAUAAAACUUUCAAGUGAUAUCAAAUUUCGGAGCAUGAAAAAUGUACAUCAGCCUCUUUUUAUGUUAAAAAGGAAGACUCUCAAAGAUGGUUUGUUUUUUCCUUCACAGAGAUGCCAAUGCUACACGAAUAGACAUCUACACAGGUAAACCUCAGAAUAGUUCUUACAGUAAAGUCUACACAUUCAUCCAUGCUCCAAAUGUGACUGUAACCUUUCUGCUGUCUGUGCUGACAGAAAAAAAGCCCGAGCUGCGGGGCAGCUACAUGCUCUGUUUUCUGGAUGAUGGUAUUGGAAUGGACCCAAGUAAGUGGCACUUGAAUAACAGAGAUGUUGUUUUAAACCUUUCCAUUGCAAGAUUUUCCAUGAUAACUUGAUUGUUUAAAACUCAAAACUGACUGAACUGUUUUUUUUUCCUUUCUUUUUGUUAGAUGAGGCAACCCAUGUAAUCCAGUUCGGGAAGUCAAGCAAACGGUCCCCUGAGUCCACUCAGAUCGGCCAAUACGGAAACGGUUUGAAAUCGUAAGACCUUCAUUUGAUAAUAUGUGAUUUUUUAACUUAAAAUUGGACAUACUCGUGUUUUCCAUAUCUUUAAAUUUAAAUAUGUUCUGUUUUGUUUUACAGUGGAUCUAUGCGUAUUGGAAAGGACUUUAUCUUGUUCACGAAAAAGGGCGACACGCUGACAUGCCUUUUUCUGUCCAGGACUUUCCAUGAAGAGGAGGGUCUGGAUGAGGUCAGAUACAAAUGUGGUCAAAAAGAGUUCCUGUUGUUAGCAAUUGUUAGAACUGUUCAUAACUGGGGAAUUUUUUGCAAACGGUAAAAAGAGAAAACGUUGGGCUGUCGUGCAUUGCUCACCCAGUCUGUUUCAUAGCUGCAAUUCACUGUUUUUCCUCCCGUUUAAUAUUUGUGAGGUGAGAUUUUGCCGAGGAGACACUUUCUGCCUCAUGUUUAAGCAUCAGGAUUUUCAACAUCUUUGAACUUCCACACAAUCAAAGACUCUAAUCCUCUCUCUUCAGGUGAUAGUGCCCCUCCCCUCCUGGGAUCUGAAGACCAAAGAGCCACUGACUUCUGACCCGGAGAAGUACGCCAUCGAGACAGAGCUGAUAUUUAAAUACUCGCCUUUUAAGAGUGAACAAGAGCUGAUGGAACAGUUUAACAAAAUAGAGAGCAGCAGUGGUAAGUCAACUCUGAUGUGUGUCCCUGAUUUCAGCGACGUUCAUUGUGAUGUUUACCUUCUGAUGUUAUUUUAAGACACGAAAUUUGGAGAGCAUUCUGAUCUGUGGUGUUAUUUGUGUUCAAACACAGGACAUUGUACCUUAUAUAUUGUUGUAAUUUGUUAAAAGGAACUCUAGUCAUCAUCUAUAAUCUGAAGCUGAUGGACAACGGAGAACCAGAGCUCGAUGUGGUGACGGAUCAUCAGGACAUACUGAUGGCUGGAACGGCAGCAGAAGGAGUGUGAGCAUCAUUUUACUAUUUUCAGAGCAUUCAGUUAUGUGAUCCUUAACCCAAAUGUUUUCAAGGUUAUUUCAUUGGAUGUUUAUUUUUGUUAAUGGGUGGGUGCGUGUGCCCCCUGCUCCUCUUGUAGGAAGCCAGAAAAGAGGUCAUUCAGGGCGUACGCUGCUGUGUUGUACAUCGACCCACGGAUGAGGAUUUUCAUCCAGGGGCACAAAGUCAGGACCAAGAGAUUGUCAUGCUGUCUGUAUAAGCCGAGGUGAUAUGAUGAUACAUUUCUUAUGUCUGAGAUAGACGAUUUUUGCUAAAACAAACAAAUACACAAAGAAGAGUUUCAUAAACAUUUGUGUUGUCUUAAAGGGUUUAUAAAUACACAUCGACUCGCUUCAAAACUCGUGCUGAGCAAGAGGUGAAGAAAGCCGAUCAUCUUGCCAAGAUUGGUGAGUGAGCUGUGUAAUGAUUAAUCUACAUUUUGGUUUCAUGUAAUGACUGCCUCACUCUUAAACAUUUACAAUUUUGUCAUUUAUUUUAGCCGAAGAAAAAGCAAGAGAGGCAGACAGUAAGCGCAUAGCCUUGGAGGCAAGACUGGGAGACGACCUGUCAAAAGAUUCAAGGGUAAGACAAGGAGAUUUUUGGGGGGAUUAUCAUAAAACAAAUGUAAACGAACUCUGCUCAGUUCAUAAGCUUGUGAGCGAAGCUGUUUUAAUGUCCGAAUUUGUUGUCUCCAUGUGCUCUCUCCCCCUCUGUCAAGGCAAUCCUGAGAAAGGUUCAAGAUUCAGCAAUGAUGCUUCAGCGGGACGCUGACAUGAAGAAAAUGAUACUUGAAGCAAAGCAGAAGUAGGAAGACCUCCUUAACACUGCAAAUGGUCUUGUUUAGACCUUGAAAUGCCUUUAAUUUUCCUUAAUGUGCUGAAGUUUAAAUAUUACAAUAGAUUUUGCUUUGGUUUUAAUAUAAAAUCCUCCAACACAAAACUCUAGAUUGCUUUGUUUAUGCUCGUUUUUUCACCACCCUCUCUUUUCAGAGCCCUGAAGGAGCCCAAGGAGUUGAACUUCAUAUUUGGAGUGAACAUUGAACAAAGAGAGCUGGAUGGGAUGUUUGUGUACAACUGCUCUCGUCUCAUUAAGAUGUAUGAGAAGACUGGCCCCCAGCUUGAGGGAGGCAUGUGAGUAAUGUGGAGGCAGAGAUUGAAAUGUGAUGUUGCUUGAAAAUAAUAUCCUUUAGGAUAUUUUCAUUCAUGUUGUCUGACUUUUUAUGUGAUCUGCAUUUUUAGGGCAUGUGGGGGCGUUGUUGGCGUGGUGGAUGUGCCGUAUUUAGUCUUAGAGCCGACUCACAACAAACAGGACUUUGCAGACGCAAAGGAAUAUCGGCAUUUACUGAAGUCCAUGGGGGAGCAUUUAGCACAGUACUGGAAAGACACAAACAUUGGUGAGUUUCUUGAAAUUUGUAAUUGUUUAAGUUCUUGCACUGGUAAGAAGAGUAGCUAAAGGAAAGGGUGCUUAUUAAAGCGAUUAAAAAAAUCCUCCAACACAGCAAGAUGGUAAGCAAUAGUAAUGAUAAUUUUUUUGGUUAGAAUUUCAUGGUUGCAUUACACUGAUUACAGUCACUUUUUGUAUGGUAAGGUGUAGAUACCCAAACACCAACAUCAGAGCAGUAUUAGCUUUAUUUAAGACUUUACUUUUAGAUACUCAUAGCUCUAAGUUUUACUCCGCUCACCGUGGAGCAACUGGUUGAAAGCUUUGCUUUUACUCAUGUUAACCAUCAACCACCAUCUUAAGGCAAAAUAGUCGGUAUGUGUUAUAAUGGGCCACACUGGAAGACAAGUCAAAAGUCUACUGUCAUGUCACCAUGGUUGUGGUGCACGUUCCUUCCUACGGUUCUCUGGUGUACAUACUCCUUCACAAAUGCACCGAGGAACAAGUAGAAAAAUUCUGGAAACUUUUCAUUGGAAACAUUUGCCUGAAUAACUUAAAAUUUGAAUUUCAUUAAAUCACAUGUUAAAAUAUUUUAGUUGUCAAUAAUAAAUGUCUGUAUGUUUUUUUUUGUUUUUUUUUUCUGCAGCUCAAAAAGGAAUCGCAAAGUUCUGGGAUGAGUUUGGCUACCUGUCCGCCAGCUGGUCAGCACCUCCAUCAGUAGAGUCCAGAUAUAAAAGACGUCGCGCCAUGGAGAUACCAAUCACUAUUCAGUGUGGUAUGUCACUGAUUUAUACACACACAAAACACAUUUACAUCGCAUAUAUGCCGUGCUGCUUGUAAACAAAAUACUUUGAACUCACACUGAUUCUCUGACUCUGCUUUUUAUCAAAAGACAAAUGUCUAAAGUGGAGAACGCUGCCUUUCCAGAUGGAUGCUGUGGAUAAACGUUACCCAGACAGUUGGGUGUGUCUCAUGAACCCAGACAGCAGCCAGGACAGGUGAACAGAAACUUUUUGAAUAGGAUUUGUCUUUGAAAUAGCAUCUUGUGCUUUUUGUGUAACAUUCACUUAGCACAGGCACUGCAUGUUAAUGUAGUCUCCUUGUCGCUACAACAUUGUUUUCUUCAUGUGAUGUGGAGUGUGUGUUUUUUUUUUUUUUUAGGUGUGACGCUCCUGAACAAAAACAGAAUUUGCCCUGUGGUGUUCUCAAGAAAGACAAGCAAACAGCUGAAGACAAACAGAAAGAGCUGGCAGAGAAAAUCAAACAGCAGCAGGAAAAACUUCAGGCCUUGCAGGUAUCAUAUCCGUCUUUAUCACCUCUCCUCCUUACACUGCCUCUUUAAUUUGUUUCAGGACUGAAGUCAUAUUUUUCCCUUUAGAAAACCACUACCAUCAGAUCUGCAGCAGAUAUAAAGAAGCUACCACUGGAGGUCAGCAUGAAACCAACAGAGAGCACCUCUCAGGUACUAAGCAUCAUGGUGUCACUUUUGAACAGUCCUGUAAUGUUCUUGAGCUUCAACUAGAUUAUUUUGCAUUCAUCAUCUCACCGAAAUAUUCUGUUGUUUCUGCUCUUUUUUCACAUGGUUUCAGGCAACUAGGUCUUCUGAAAGGACCACAACACGCCCUCGCUCCCCGCCUCUCCCAGCUCACCUCAAAAACGCCCAGAGUACCCCUCCAACCCGUGCAGCAUCUCAGCGCCCCACCAGAACACCCGCCCCUCCGCCCCCCAAAGUCGACGCACCCAGGUUGAGGGCUGCAGCAAAACCGCCUCCACCUGCAGCGAAACCUGUAGCCAAAGCAUCUGCCAAAACACCCCCACCCAGCCGCACCACCCGGGUAAGUGAGCAGUUAUGAAAGAUUUCUACUAAAGUCAUUAAAGAAAGGCUCUGCUGCAUAUGGCGUCACGUUCAAAUUUCACCCAGAAAUAAUCGCUGAAAAUGUUUCUGUUCAGACACCUGCCAAAGCAGCGUCAGCCAAACCUGCAGCUGCUGGACAACGCAAGAGAGUAAUAGAAGAGGAUAGUGAAGAGGAGGAAGAGGAGGAGGAGGAGGAAGAAGAAGAAGAAGAAGAAGAGAAGGAGGAGGAUGACAGUGAAGAAGAGAGUGAAGAGGAAGUACCACAAACAAAGAAAUCAAAGAUGGCCGCAGCAGCUGCUAACCGUGGUAAAGUGGUUGAGAAAGCCACACCUCCCAAACGUGGCAAAUUGGACGAGGUAAACAUCAAACUUUGUUUUCCAAUGAGAGUAGACUCAGAAUCAAGUCAGAUAUGUGCAAGUUAAAUUUAUAUAUUUCACCCUUUUAAAGAGACGUGUGGAAUCAAAUGGCAGCAUUAGCAAAGCCACAAAUGAUUUAUAUUUUGAGUCAGUCAGGUUGUGUGGCUUAUUGUGCUAACACUGCGAGGACUUUGCUGCGAUGGCGUACCUGCUUCUCUUUUCUGCUGCUUGUUGCUUAUGUGUCUGUGAUAUUACCUACCUCCAUUAAAGUCACAGUGAGGAGUCAGAAUUGAAUAGAUUUGGGAAAGAUGUUUGCUAACAGCAUAUUCAAGAUCUUAAUUCAAACUAAUUGUUGACGUUGAUUAAAAGUCACAAAUUUGGAAUCAUACUUGGACAUAAGUUGCAAUGAGCGUUGCUUUUUCAGCCUUCAGAAGUAUCUAGACAGGUCCUAAAAGGAGGAUCUUUAAUUAAGAUUCAGCCUCAUAUGUCAACCAAAAAUAAAUGGAAUAAUAAUAUCAGCAAUCCUGGGUGAGUAAGUGGGUUACCGAACCUCAAAUCAGAGCCCCUCUGCUGUUGACCCUGCAGGUCAACAAACGCUCACAGCUUGAGAGGAAAGCGGUUUCUACUCCAGCACGGCAGGCAGCAACAACUCCAUCCUCUGGCCCUAAAUCUAUUUCCUUGCAGCAGCAUGUUGCUAAACCAAAGGUAGCUUUAUUCAGCCGGUCACUGUCUUUAAUUCCUGCAGAUAAAGUUGCAUCCACUCUCACAGCUUCUAACAAACAUGAAACAGAAACUUUCCGCUGACUUGGGUGUUCUGAACGACGGUUCUCUGAUCUAACAAUCUUCUCCUAACAUUAUUAUCAUUGUCUAACAACUCUUUAUCAAACAUACUUUCCUCCUCUUGUGCCUGGGGUCACGCUGGGAUUUUCACCUCUUUCACUGAACGGAUGCAAAUUAUUUCUUUGAUUAAGUCUUCUUUGCCAGAAGACAUGUCUCCUCUGACUGUUGAAUGUUGAAUGAUGUGAUGAUUUUUUAAGGUGCCUGAGAAGCCACCACAGCAGGAACCAGAGAAUGACGCUAAAAACGCUCAGAGAGGUGAGUUGAUGGACUGGGCUUGGCUGAAAGUGUCAACACAUUGCUGAAAAGAGGACGCUCUUUUAAAGAUUUGAGGAUUUUCUUCUUUGAAUUUUUCAUUCCCACAGAUAAGGGGCUGCUGGUGGAAGUACGUGUCAACAAGGUGUGGUACACCGGCAAAGUCAUAGCUGUGGAGGCAAACAAGCAAAGUGUUCGCUGGAAGGUGAAAUUUGAUUAUGUACCUCGAUCUACCCCUAAAGACAGAUGGUAAGAUCCUUGUACUGUGUCGCUGGUUUUAGGGCAUAUUUUGCUGACCUGCCAGAUGAUUCAUAUCAUAUCUUUGGUUUACUUUAAUCUAUGUCGUAUGUGAAGGGUAUUCAAAGGCAGUGAUGAGGUCCGGCUGAUGCGGCCGCCAUCUCCAAUCUCUCAGACACCUGACACUCAACAGGAGACUGAGAAGGGUCGAGCAGCCAUGGAGCCGGACACCACCCAGCCAGGAACCAGCCGAGAGGUGACCGACAGUCUGGUCACCAUGUUGAGGUGAGUUGAUCCUGAUGAACUGUUGUUUCCUCACAACAGCGAGGGAUUAAUCUCAAGUGUGUUCACUGUCCCGUUUAUAUUUCCAGGACAAUGCUGCGUUACUUCUUUCCUCCUGCUUUCCGGAUUCCAAAGGAUGAUGUGAACAGUAUGACGGCAGAGGAGUUGGUGGCUUUUCCUUUGGUAAAUACAAAAAUAAUUUUAAUAGAUGAUAGAAAAUGUCAUUUAUUACUACUUUUUUGUUUUUCAGAAAACUAAGUGCUAUGUGUGCUUCUGUUUAUGCUCCUUCUAGAAAGAGUAUUUCCAGCAGUAUGAAUCAGGUCUCCAGUCUUUGUGUAACUCGUACCAGAGCAGGGCUGAUGCCAGGGCCAAAGCUGUGGAGGAGAAGAGCAACAGUACUGAAGUCAAACUGAAGGAGGCAGACGAGAAAUUACAGAAACUGAGAACAAACAUUGUAGCACUUCUGCAAAAAGUACAAGAGGUGAGUUCACUAGUUCAGUCCUUUCUAUUAAUAAUACCAGAAACAGGUUAUCUCCUAACAUUGUGGAAUGUUUUUCAUGUGCUUUUUUCUGUUUGUAAGAUGGGCUUUCUUUCUUCUUUUUAAACUAUGACAGGACAUUGACAUAAACACAGAUGACGAGCUUGAUGCAUACAUCGAGGACCUCUUAACCAAAGGUGAUUAAAGAAGACAUAACUGAGAGUUACAGGAAAGAAGAAGAGGACUUGAACAUAAACUGGUGGUUUUAAUCCAGCAAGUAUUUGCUGAGAGUUCUCAAAACUGAUUGUCAUAACUUUGACCGAUUUGUUUGAUCAUUUGUUAAGCCCGCACCUGUGCGCUCUUGAGUUUCUCCACUGCUGGGUAGCCCUCUCUCCCAUGACUUUCUCUUUAGUCCUUUUUUAUAUAACUGCUUAUAUAUGUACGUUCGUCUAUGUUCAGUUCAUCCCUUCUUGAUUCAUCCUUAACAGUUUGUGUAGGUUUAAUACAAGUAAUGCUUCCUUUAUGAAGUCAACUUAUGCUGUUAAAACUGCAGACUACAUUGGUUCUUUGUUUGAGACGAUCAUCAGAUGAGAUUGGGACAGUCACGGUGACCUGAGACUUGGGUUUGGCUAGUGUUAAUCAUCGCAGCCUGUGUUUCAGCUGUAACAUUUAUUUUUCUACACUACGAUCGUAUCAGUGUUGCUUGCUACCUUACUUCAUCCUGGCCUGACAAUUCGACCAGGUUAAUAUUUUACACUUGGGUGAUGUGCCACACCCACAAACAUAAUCUUCUUACUGGGUUUUAUCAGUAUGACUAUUCCCCCAUACCCCUCCUAAAUUUAAGCUAAGACUGUUCUGUUUUGUUUAGUUAUUUUUUAAGUUUUGGAGGAGAAAAUAUUCUCAUUUAAAUGCAAAAGUUGUGUGUUCAUUAUUAUUCAGUGCCUGUGUCCUUCCUUUUGAACAGAUUUUUAACAUGUCAUGGAAAUGUUUUAUGAAACAGUGCAUGCUUUCAGUCUUUAUGUUCUAAUUGGAACAAAGGAUUCUGUAUUUUUGACAAAUCUUUACUUCAAAUAAUAAAACAGGUUCAGUAACAACUCA